AGCGCAACCUUUUAAGGGCAUGCUCAAUGUUUUUUACGCUUAUAUUUUUAUAUUGAACUCAGAUAUGAAUACAUUUAUGUUUGGAGUUUAGUUUUGUCGUAAAUAGCAAGCACACGCCAUUCACGAAGUACAAUUUACGUUUUAAGAACGCCAAUCUCCAAAAUGCACUAGUACGACACUGUGCGCAUGCGCGGUUGCUCUUCUCAACCAAGUGACCGUGAGGAUGUUAUAGUGUGUACGCUGGGUUGAGGAUACAUUAUGUCGCUGACGGGAUUUUUACGGUUUCUGAGACAUUCUCUACAACAGUUGGAGUCCAGUUUAAUACAGACUGCAGGGUUGGACAGGAAUUUAGGGCCAGCUUUGGCAGUGCAUGGACCCAGCCUUCUUCCUCAACCUCAGCACAUUAGAGAUGAUGAAAGCUCUGAGCCAAGUUUCCUCGACAGCAUUUUCUGGAUGGCAGCUCCCAAAAAGAGACGCACCAUUGAGGUGAAUCGCUGCAGAAGACGGAACCCAAAUAAACUCAUUAAAGUCAAGACAAACAUUGAGCCGUGUCCAGAGUGUGGGAACCUAAAACAGAAGCAUGUUCUCUGUGGGUUCUGCUACGAGAAGGUUCGAAAGGAGACAGCCAUGAUUCGGAAGCAGAUUGAAAUCAAGGAAGGCCGUCCUCACAACGCACCCACUGUGGAGACUGUGGUUCUGUACGAGAACGAAGCUCCUCGUGAUGUAGACAAGGAGAAGAGAAUAGUGGAGCGAAGCAGAAACCGCCCCUUCUGGUUUAAACUGUAACUUACCCUGAGAUUUUUUUUUGUAUAAUAUCAUCAAUAUUAAAGUAUUGAAUCUGUUGGACUGCC